AAACGUCAAAACAAUUCACAAGCCGAACGCGCUUGUUUCGCGUGAAAAGUUUUCAGGAAUAUUAAGGGAAAUUAGACGUAUUUAGCAUUGUUUGAAGCAUAAAACCUCCUGCAAAACACACACGCAUUAAUCUGUAAUCGUUUUAGUUUAAGAAACAUUUCGUGCAGUGCAUCUUUAGCAGCACCACAACAAACCAGCAAUGGCUGACGCAGCGGCAAGACAGCUUCAGUACGAGUACAAGGCGAACUCGAAUCUUGUCCUGCAAGCGGACGUCCGUCUGAUCGAGCGUCCCCGGCGCGAUGAGGCGACGGGCGAGGUCAUUUCGCUGGUCGGCAAGCUCGACGGCACCCGGAUGGGUGACCGGGCGCAGCGCAGCAAACCGGAAAAGACGGAAGAGCGGAAAGCGAAGCGCCAGAAGCGUGAUGAAGCGCAGUACGAUUUUAACAGCAUGAAGGGUGCCACCCUGCUGUCGGAAGGAAUCGACGAGAUGGUCGGUAUUGUGUACCGGCCGAAAACGCAAGAAACGCGCCAAACGUACGAGGUGCUGCUCAGCUUCAUCCAGGAAGCGAUCGGUGACCAGCCGCGUGAUAUAUUGCGCGGCGCGGCAGACGAGAUCUUGGCCGUGCUGAAGAACGAUCGCAUGAAGGAGCGUGAAAAGAAGCGCGAAAUUGACGGUUUGCUGGGCAGUGUGGCGGACGAGCGGUUUGCGCUGCUGGUGAACCUUGGCAAGAAGAUCACCGAUUUCGGGUCGGAUGCGGCCACGGCGAUCGGUGGCGUUGGACAGGCGGGACCGGGUGGCGAUGAACCGAUCGACGAAACGUACGGCAUUAAUGUGCGGUUCGAAGAAUCGGAGGAAGAGUCGGACGAGGAUAAGUACGGCGAGGUGCGCGAGGACGACGGGCAGGAUGAGGGCGAGGAGGCACGGGAUGAUGGUAUUCUGCAUGCGGAAAAUCUGGGCGGUGGUGAGGAUAUGAACAAGAAGGAGAAAACGCUCGAUCCACGGGACAUUGACGCGCAUUGGUUGCAGCGGUGCUUGCGAAAGUAUUACAACGACUCGAUGAUGUCCCAGUCGAAAGCGCUCGAGGUGCUGAACGUACUGAAAGAGUCCGGAGACGAUCGCGAGUGUGAGAACCAGCUGGUGCUGCUGUUGGGAUACGAUUGCUUCGAUUUCAUUAAGCAGUUGAAGAAAAAUCGCCAAAUGAUCCUGUACUGCACGAUGCUGGCACAGUCGCAGAGCGAGAGCGAGCGGGCGAAGCUGCGCGACCGGAUGAAAGCGGAUGCGGCACUGGCGAAGAUUUUGCGUCAGCUUGAUACGGGCAAGCAGGAAGCUCAGGAAGGUAGAGAUUAUUCGAACGGUGGCGGAGCGGAUGGAGCGGAUAUAAAGCCAUCGCUUCGAUCUCGUCGCGAGCGUGGGCUGGAAGAGGGAAGCGCCAUGGACUACAUGGAAGGAAAUCAGGCAGGCGGUGAAAGGGCGGGACACGCGGGAGGACAGAUUAUCGGCAACCGCACCGUGCUGGAGCUGGAUGAGCUUGCCUUCACCCAAGGCUCGCAUCUAAUGGCAAACAAGCGGUGCCAACUGCCGGACGGAUCGUUCCGCAAGCAACGCAAGGGCUACGAAGAGGUGCACGUGCCCGCGCUGAAGCCACGCCCGUUCGACGAGGACGAGGAGCUCAUUGCGAUCGAGAAGCUGCCGAAGUAUGUGCAGCCAGUAUUUAACGGGUUCAAAACGCUCAACCGCAUCCAGAGCCGGCUGUACAAAAGCGCGCUGGAGAGUGACGAAAAUUUGCUGCUUUGUGCGCCUACCGGUGCCGGCAAGACGAACGUGGCGCUGCUCACGAUGAUGCGCGAAAUCGGUAAGCACAUCAACGACGACGGUACGAUAAACGUGGACGAGUUUAAGAUCAUCUACAUUGCCCCGAUGCGUUCGUUGGUACAGGAAAUGGUGGGCAACUUCGGCCGUCGCCUCGCAACGUACAAUCUGACGGUUUCGGAGUUGACGGGCGACCAUCAGCUCAGUCGGGAACAGAUCGCCGCGACGCAGGUCAUCGUUUGCACGCCGGAAAAGUGGGACAUUAUCACGCGCAAAGGGGGCGAAAAGACGUACACACAGUUCGUGCGGUUGGUCAUUAUCGAUGAAAUUCAUCUGCUGCACGACGAGCGGGGCCCGGUGCUGGAAGCGCUGGUUGCCCGCACGAUCCGGAACAUCGAAACCACGCAGGAAGAUGUGCGUUUGGUAGGGCUGUCGGCAACGCUACCCAACUACCAGGAUGUGUCCACGUUUCUGCGCGUUCGGCCCGAGACGGGGCUUUUCUACUUCGACAACAGCUACCGUCCGGUGGCGCUGGAACAACAGUACAUCGGCGUGACGGAGAAGAAAGCGCUCAAGCGGUUCCAGGUGAUGAACGACAUCGUGUACGAGAAGGUGAUGGAGCAUGCGGGCCGCAAUCAGGUGCUGGUGUUUGUGCAUUCGCGCAAAGAGACGGGCAAAACGGCCCGUGCCAUCCGGGACAUGUGUCUCGAGAAGGAUACGCUCGGGACGUUUCUGCGCGAAGGCUCGGCCAGCAUGGAGGUGUUACGCUCGGAAGCGGAUCAGGUGAAAAACCAAGAGCUCAAGGAUUUGCUGCCGUACGGGUUUGCGAUCCAUCACGCCGGCAUGACGCGCGUUGAUCGUACGCUGGUGGAAGAUUUGUUUGCCGAUCGACACAUUCAGGUGCUCGUAUCGACGGCCACCCUUGCCUGGGGUGUGAACUUGCCAGCGCACACGGUCAUCAUCAAGGGCACGCAGGUGUACAAUCCGGAGAAGGGCCGUUGGGUUGAGUUGGGUGCGCUGGACGUGCUGCAGAUGCUGGGUCGUGCCGGCCGUCCGCAGUACGACACGAAGGGGGAAGGCAUUCUGAUCACAAACCACAGCGAGCUGCAGUACUAUCUGUCGCUGCUGAACCAGCAGCUGCCGAUCGAGUCGCAGCUCAUCUCGAAGCUGCCGGACAUGCUGAAUGCGGAGAUCGUGCUCGGCACGGUACAAAACGUUAAGGAUGCUGUCACCUGGCUCGGGUACACGUAUCUCUACAUCCGUAUGCUGCGGCAACCGACCCUGUACGGCGUGUCGAUCGAUGCGGUGCAGGAAGAUCCUCUGCUGGAGCAGUUCCGGGCGGAUCUGAUACACACCGCAGCCCUUCAUCUCGAGCGCAGCGGGCUGAUCAAGUACGAUCGGAAAAGUGGCCAUCUCCAGGUGACCGAGGUAGGCCGGAUCGCUUCGCACUACUACUGCACGCACGAAACGAUGCUUACGUACCAUCAGCUGCUGAAGCCGACGCUCAGCGAAAUCGAGCUGUUCCGCGUGUUCUCACUGUCCGGCGAGUUCCGCAACAUUACGGUGCGCGAGGAGGAAAAGCUUGAGCUGCAGAAGCUGAUGGAGCGGGUGCCGAUCCCGAUUAAGGAAAGCAUGGAAGAGCCGAGCGCGAAGGUGAAUGUGCUGCUGCAAGCGUACAUCUCGCAGCUCAAGCUGGAAGGGUUCGCGCUAAUGGCGGACAUGGUGUACGUGACCCAGUCCGCCUCCCGACUGCUGCGAGCCAUCUUCGAAAUAGUGCUGCACCGCGGUUGGGCACAGCUGGCCGACAAGUGUCUCACCCUGUGCAAGAUGAUCGACCGGCGCAUGUGGCAGAGCAUGUCCCCGUUGCGUCAGUUCCGCAAAAUGCCGGAAGAGAUUGUGAAGAAAAUCGAGAAGAAGAACUUCCCCUGGGAACGGUUGUACGAUCUGGAGGCGAACGAGAUCGGCGAGCUGAUCCGUGUGCCCAAGUUGGGCAAAACGAUCUACCGGUACAUCCAUCAGUUCCCGAAGCUGGAACUGUCGACCCACAUCCAACCGAUUACCCGCUCCACGCUGCGGGUUGAGCUCACGAUCACUCCCGACUUCCAGUGGGACGAGAAGGUGCAUGGCCAGUCGGAAGCAUUUUGGAUUCUGGUGGAGGAUGUCGAUUCGGAGGUUAUUUUGCAUCAUGAGUACUUCCUGCUGAAAGCGAAGUACUGCACCGACGACCACUUGGUGAAGUUCUUCGUGCCCGUCUUUGAACCCUUGCCACCGCAAUACUUUUUGCGUAUCGUGUCCGAUCGGUGGAUUGGGGCCGAAACGCAACUGCCCGUGUCCUUCCGACAUUUGAUUCUUCCCGAAAAGAAUCUGCCCCCGACGGAGCUGCUCGAUCUGCAACCGCUCCCGAUCAGUGCUCUGCGGGACCCUGCGUUCGAAGCGCUGUACGCCGAUCGGUUCCCGCAGUUUAAUCCGAUCCAGACGCAAGUUUUCAACGCGGUUUAUAACAGUGAAGACAACGUGUUUGUUGGAGCUCCAACAGGGUCGGGCAAGACGACGAUCGCCGAGUUUGCCGUACUUCGGCUCCUAUCGCAGAAUCCAGCCGGGCGCGUCGUGUAUCUGGUCGCGCGCGAUCCUCUCGCCGAUCUCGUAUUUCACGAGUGGCAUCAACGCUUCGGACAGUCCGCUCUGGGCUGUAAGGUGGUGAAGCUUACCGGCGAGACCGGCACCGAUUUGAAGCUGAUCGCCAAGGGUCAGAUCAUCGUCACGACGGCAGACAAGUGGGAUGUGCUCUCACGCCGCUGGAAGCAGCGCAAGAACGUCCAGAACGUGCAGCUGUUCAUCGUGGAUGAGCUGCAGCUGAUCGGUGGCGAAGACGGCCCAGUACUCGAGGUCGCCUGCUCGCGUAUGCGAUACAUCUCGUCGCAAACUGAGCAACCGAUACGUAUCAUCGCUCUGUCAGCUUCGUUGGCCGAUGCGCGUGACAUCGCACAAUGGCUCGGCUGUAGCACGAACGCUACCUUCAACUUCCAUCCCUCUGUUCGGCCGAUUCCGCUUGAGCUCCACGUUCAAGGCCUGAACAUAACACACAAUGCGUCUCGUGUCGCGGCCAUGUCGAAACCGGUGUACAACGCAAUUACCAAGUUCAGUCCGCACAAGCCGGUCAUCGUGUUUGUCACGUCGCGAAAGCUGGCCCGUCUAACGGCGAUCGACGUGCUGACGUACUGUGCGGCCGAACUGCAACCGAACCGUUUCUUCCACGCCGAGGAGGAAGACAUUAAACCGUUCCUGGACCGCAUGACCGAUAAAACCCUGAAGGAAACACUCUCCCAGGGUGUGGCGUACAUGCACGAAGGACUGACCGCUGCCGACCAGCGCAUAGUGGAGCAACUGUUCGAUUCCGGUGCGGUGCAGAUAGCUAUCUGCACGCGAGAUCUAUGCUGGGCGUUAAACAUUAGCGCCCAUCUGGUCAUCAUCAUGGACACACAGUUCUACAACGGCCGAAAUCAUGCGUACGAUGACUAUCCGAUCACGGAUGUGCUGCAGAUGAUCGGCCGUGCUAACCGGCCCUUGGAAGAUGAUGACGCGAAAGCGGUGCUGAUGUGUCAGAGCUCGAAGAAGGACUUUUACAAAAAGUUCCUCAACGAACCGCUGCCGGUAGAAAGCCAUCUCGAUCAUCGGCUGCACGAUCACUUCAACGCGGAGAUUGUUACGAAAACGAUCGAAAACAAGCAGGACGCGGUAGACUACCUCACGUGGACGUUUCUGUACCGGCGGCUGACACAGAACCCCAACUACUACAAUCUGCAGGGUGUCACGCACCGGCACCUGUCGGACCAUCUGUCGGAGCUGGUGGAAUCGACCCUGUCCGAUCUGGAGCAAUCGAAGUGUAUCGGAGUGGAGGACGAGAUGGACGCACUGCCCCUCAAUCUGGGCAUGAUUGCGGCCUACUAUUACAUCAACUACACGACAAUCGAGCUGUUCAGCCUGUCGCUAAACAGUAAGACGAAGAUUCGCGGUUUGCUGGAGAUCAUUUCAUCUGCCGCCGAGUACGAGGAUCUGAUCGUGCGCCAUCACGAGGAUAACAUUCUGCGGAGCCUUGGGUCCCGGUUGCCGAACAAGCUGACCGGUCCGAACGGGACUGCACCCAAGUACAACGAUCCGCACAUCAAGACGAACUUGCUGCUGCAGGCCCAUCUCUCUCGUCUGCAGCUGGGUGCGGAGCUGCAGGGUGACACUGAACAGAUUCUUGGCAAAGCGAUUCGUCUGGUGCAGGCGUGCGUGGAUGUGCUGUCGUCCAAUGGUUGGCUAUCGCCUGCCGUCGCCGCCAUGGAGCUGGCACAGAUGAUAACGCAGGCGAUGUGGAGCAAGGAUUCCUACCUGAAGCAGUUGCCCCAUUUCACGGCGGAAAUUAUUAAGCGCUGCCAGGAGAAGGGCAUCGAGACGGUGUUUGACAUUAUGGAGCUGGAUGACGAUGAUCGAAGCCGGUUGCUGCAGAUGACGGAUCAGCAGAUGUCGGAUGUGGCACGGUUCUGCAACCGCUAUCCCAACAUCGAGCUGACGUUCUCCGUGCUGGACAAGGAGCGCAUCCAUUCGGGGUCUUCCGUGGACGUGGAGGUCACGUUGGAGCGGGAGGACGACGUAACGGGACCGGUAAUUGCACCAUUCUUCCCACAGAAACGCGAAGAGGGCUGGUGGGUUGUUAUCGGUGAUCCGAAAACCAACUCGCUCCUGUCCAUCAAGCGGCUCACGUUGCAGCAGAAGGCGAAGGUGAAGCUGAACUUUGUCGCACCGAGCCCGGGCCACCACGAGUACACGCUGUACUACAUGAGCGAUUCGUAUCUGGGCUGCGAUCAGGAGUACAAGUUUUCCAUCAACGUUGGCGACUUCCAGUCGGAGAGCGAAAGCGAGUCGGAUUAAGGUGGGUUCCAACACUGCUGAGGACCAUACGAUCGAGUUGGUUUGUGUAAGUUAAGGAGUCAUGUUUCCAUUCUACUUAAUACAAUGUUUUUCACCACCAAAACUAUCGGGAAUAGAAUGAGUUUACUGUAAGACGUA